UCCACCAUGUUGUAGGAAAUCCGCCGCUGCCCCUCACUCACUCACUCCCUGUCAGAUUAGAGUUUAAUCCGAGGAGGAGGACACAUAGUCAAGACGCUGUCUGCAUCUUGGAGGACCUGCGGUGUAUGCGUUCAAAAUAAACUCCGGCCGACGCGCCGCUGCACCUCUUUUUCCGACAAUAAAGGACGUGUGCGUUGAAGAUGAAACGCCUGUCUUCCGUUGCUCUCUUUGCCUCUCCGCCGACUUGCCAAUACGUUAAGAUGUUAGCUGGCUAACUAGCUGAAAAAGAGUGACUAAAUCGGAUUAGAGGCUAACGUCAACUUGCCUCUGGGUAAUAUCCAGGUAUUAUUUACUUUACUUGACAGCAAAACGGUCCCGUGCUUUCAUUUCAUUUUAUUUUGUUUUAUUAUUUUUUUUACGUUUCUACUAUUGUGUCAAAAUUACUGUCGCGUUUUAAAUACUCGCUAGCAUUAAUGUCGCUGCAUGCUAGCUCCGUUAUUAGCUAGUGGAGCCGUAAGCACUGGACCUCCUUGGCUCGCUGCUAUUUUGUUAGAAGGAGUCAACCUAAAAAGUGGUGCCUCUGUCCCCUUCCGAAAGUCAAGACGGGGCUGACGGCCACACUCGUGUGCUUAGCUUGUCUUCGGGCUAGCUGGACUGAGAAGUGUACACCGUAAGAUUUGAACUCCGAAAGUAGCCCCCAGUCGAAGCGAAGAUGUCUGGAAAGGACAAAGACAAACAGGAGAAACAGUCCACAACGGAACGGCUGGUAAAAGCUGUGCCAUACCCUCCUCAACAUAAACUGAACAUAAAAGAGCUUUUUGAAGACGGCAAACCCAAUGCUGAGCUGCUCCGCAAUCACCUCGUCAAGGAGGGCAGGGUGGAGGAGGAGGUGGCUCUCAGAAUCAUCAACGAUGGGGCAAACAUCCUCCGUCAAGAGAAGUGCAUGCUGGAAGUGGAGGCACCUAUAACAGUAUGUGGUGAUGUCCAUGGACAGUUCUUUGACCUUAUGAAGUUGUUUGAAGUCGGGGGAUCACCCAGUAACACGCGGUAUCUCUUCCUCGGUGACUAUGUAGAUCGGGGAUACUUCAGUAUUGAGUGUGUUCUCUACCUCUGGUCGCUCAAGAUCAACCACCCCACCACGCUUUUCCUUCUGCGUGGGAACCACGAGUGCCGGCAUCUCACAGAGUACUUCACCUUCAAACAGGAAUGUAAAAUUAAAUACUCUGAGCGGGUGUACGACGCCUGCAUGGAAGCCUUUGACUGCCUGCCUCUCGCCGCCCUGCUCAACCAACAGUUCCUGUGUGUACAUGGUGGACUCUCACCAGAAAUCAACUGUCUAGAUGACAUAAGGAAAUUAGACAGGUUUAAAGAGCCUCCAGCAUUUGGGCCGAUGUGUGACCUGAUUUGGGCUGACCCCGGUGAGGACUAUGGCAGUGAAAAGACAUCUGAACACUUCAACCAUAACUCCGUCAGGGGCUGCUCUUAUUUUUUCAGUUACUCAGCUGUCUGUGACUUUUUGGUAAAUAAUAACUUGCUGUCAGUAAUAAGAGCCCAUGAAGCACAGGAUGCAGGGUAUCGAAUGUACAGAAAAAGCCAGACCACAGGCUUCCCUUCAUUAAUCACAAUCUUUUCAGCUCCAAAUUAUCUAGACGUCUACAACAACAAAGCUGCUGUUUUAAAAUAUGAGAACAACGUGAUGAACAUCCGACAGUUCAACUGUUCCCCCCACCCCUACUGGUUGCCCAACUUUAUGGAUGUCUUCACAUGGUCUUUGCCUUUUGUUGGAGAGAAAGUGACGGAGAUGCUGGUGAAUGUACUGAACAUUUGCUCUGACGACGAGCUCAUGUCAGAGGGAGACGACCUGUACGAAGGCGGCACCUCUGCGAUGCGUAAGGAGGUAAUCCGGAACAAGAUUCGUGCUGUGGGGAAAAUGGCUCGAGUCUUCUCAGUUCUCAGGGAGGAGAGUGAGAGUGUGUUAACGCUCAAAGGCCUGACCCCAACUGGAACUCUUCCAAUGGGAGUGUUGUCAGGAGGAAAGCAGACUUUACAGACUGCUACCAUUGAGGCAGCCAAAGCACAAGCCAUCCAAGGCUUCUCCCCCACGAGGAAGAUCCGCAACUUCGAGGAGGCGCGUGGUCUGGACAGGAUAAACGAGAGGAUGCCGCCGCGCAAAGACGGCCAGCAGCCAGACGGCACCACCAUCAACACCAACACCCCCAACAAAAACGGCACUGAUGGAUAGGCAACAGACACGCCACCCUCCCAUCUUCACACAGCCCACACCACCUGACUCAUAGCCCCCAACCCCUCCUCUCCCUCUCUCUUUCUCUCCCUCACACUUUGUUUCACCCCGUCUCUCUGUCUGUCUCCUCUGCUGAAAAACUGCCCGUCCAUCUUCUGCUCGCCCACAUUCGGGCAGAGAACAGAAGCAGACGCAUCAGCGGAUAAAAACAAAAGGAGGCUGUGGCGCUGGGAAAACAUUAUCCAGAUGCUAAAAAAAAAAAACAAGAAAAUAAACCAAAAAAAACUAUGAUGUGACUAUCUGGAGAAAAAUCCUAUUUAUUAAAGAUUAAAUAUAUUAGAUAUAUUGUGUAAUAGCAACACUCAUUGAUUGAAGACAUUUACAGUUGUUGAAAUGUACACUGAGCUAUACAUGUCAAAGUGAUUUAAAAGAAGAGAAUUUUAUAAAUUUGAGUUGGUAGAUGAAGCCCUUGAUAUCCAAGAGUCUUAGUCACUUUAAGUUAAUUUUUUAAUUGUUGUUUUCCGUGUGUUUGAUAAGGGAAAAGUACAAAUACUGUAGCCUCAACAGCCUCGUUUGGAUCUUGGAGGACAUUUUAGGUAUCUGAGGCUUUCCACACAGUGCAGUGUAUACUUCUAUUUGUACGUCAGGUGAAAGAUAAACGAUGUACGUAUCGAGAGGCUGAAACGAGUACAGUGAAGUCACUUCUGUCUCAUAAAUGUUAACGACCACAUGUUAACAUUUUUAGCAGAAGCUGAUUGGAGACUUAUAGUCUUAUUUAUACAUUUCAGACGAAUCCCCAAAGACGCUGGAUGGUUUUUUUUGCUCAGUAUUUUGUUCCAGAGAAGCUCUUUCCUGUAUCAUAAUUUGUGACUGACAUGGUUAAAGCGAAGGAUUGACUCUUUGUGUGCGAUGAUAGCUGUUGUUGCUGGCUGUGCCGUGCUGGUUACGACUUGUGUUCACUUGUUGGCAGCUAGGACGCUCUCGCUCCUCUGAACCAAAUAAGAAAGAGAAAGGCAGGGAGGCACACAUCACGUCUUAUUCUGUCACCGCAAACAGACCCGCCGCUGCUCCCACAUCCUGGUUGGAGGCACUUGUUGAAGCAGCAGCUAAGCCGACCUCUCCGGGGUUUAGCGUGAAGAUAACAGCACGAGACACCAACUGAUGCAAAGAGGACGCUCUCUCUCGGUUUAUUGGACAAAAAGGGACACACUGAGGUUGGCUCUGAAAGCGGUGGAACUGCUGGCCACGCAGCCCUCAGAACAGACUGCUGUUCAUUAUUGCAUAGGAAGUUUCAGUGUAUUUAACAGAGUUAUGGCAGUUUGAUUUGAUGUUUCAUUUCAGAACACUAAAAAAAAAAAAAAAAGAAAAUACAAAAAAAAAAAAAAACUGGGUGUACUUUUCGGGACUUUCCUUUCUUUCUAAAGCUGUAUUAGUGUCUCCACCUACUGUUGAUUUUACAGUAUGCAGAUUAAAAAAAUAAAUAAAUCUGAAAACCGUUCGUUUGGAAUAAGGGGAGCAUUUGACUUCAAACGAAGGAACAGCACGGUGAUGUUGCUGCAUCCAGACACAAUGGAUUGAGUCGUUCCCCUCGGCAGGGAUGGUGCUAUAAUAGGUACCACCGCCUCACCAACAGCUGUCUGUCAAGGCCUAACAGUACUGUAAUCAUCUCAAGCAUGGCUGACUCACAGAUACAGUGUAUUAUUUUUACAACCCCUUUUCACACACAUAAUGGGGCACCAUUAACGCCCCCCUCCCUCCUCUGAGAUUGCUGGUGUGUGCAGUAUAUGUUUUCCCUUCCUGCUGAAGUAUUCAACAGUCCAGCUACCUUCUGGUCCGAAGAGACCUCCUCCUCUCUCCUCCACGGCCACUCCCAACCCUUUAAGACGUGCUUUUUCUAGGAAAUCUAAUAAGUGGUGCUUCACACCUGACACACCUGACUGUAAUCAUGCUGUCCUUCUCGACAAAGAAGGAGGAAGUAGCUUUAAUAUUUGCCCCCUUUAUUUAUAUUCUUUUAUUUUCGAUGAUGUAGUUGCUCACAUGUGCCACGCCACCUUAGCCACACGUGUGUGUGUGUGUGUGUGGAUGGUGAACGGAGCCGCGAGAUUUUACGUAAGGCUAAAGAUUAAAUUUCAGCAAUUUUCCACAACCUUAAAGCUUCGAUCACGUUGUCGUUUGCCGUUCAGUAGGCUUCUGGGAGAGCUUCCUAAGGUAUUUCGGUUUACAUUCAUAUUUGUGAUGUUGACAUUUGUUUCAAGAGUAAGGCUUUAUUUGGUGAGCCACGCGGUAUACUGACCUCCUGUUGGGUCCUAUACAUAUCUCACAGAAUGUAAACAUGUCGGUUCUUUGAAAAUCAUAAAGUAAUAGGUGUAAAAAGGGGUGAAAGAGCUGUACCGUAUUUGUCAUGCGAGGCCAUGAAACCUUUUAUGUAGAUGUAACACUUGGAGGAAAAAAAAAUGAAUAAACUUCAAACACAGUGUUUUAUUUGA